CACACUCACACCAUUGUAAAGAUUAGUCCUCAAAAGUAAAUCUAGAACGAGUUCUGUGAGUUCAACUAAAAGAAGAAAGAAGCAAAAAAAAAACAUAUUAGAAGUGAGAUGGGUGCCAAAAGGGACUUCAAUGUGAAUGUGAUCAAAACUGAGGUGGUGGCAGCAUCGUUGCCAAUGCAAGAGCAUUGGCUACCACAGUCAAAUCUUGAUUUGCUCUUGCCUCCAAUGGACGUUGGAGUUUUCAUUUGUUAUCAGAACCCCAUUAUUUCUGGGUUACCAAAAUAUUCAUUUGGGUCAAUGAUCAAAGUUCUUAAGGUUUCUUUGGCUGAAACCUUGGUUUCCUAUUAUGCAUUUGCAGGGGAGUUAGUUCAGAACCUUGCUGGAGAGCCCGAAAUUCUUUGCAACAAUGCGGGAGUCAAUUUCACAGAAGCUUGGGCUGAUGUAGAGCUCAAAGAAAUCAACUUGUAUAAUCCAGAUGAAAGCAUAGAGGGUAAGCUUGUACCAAAGAAGAAGCACGGUGUACUAGCCGUUCAGGCUACACAUCUCAAAUGUGGGGGAAUAGUGGUGGCUUGUACAUUUGAUCAUAGAGUUGCUGAUGCUUAUUCAACCAACUUGUUUCUCGUAUCAUGGGCAGAAAUAGCUCAGUCCAAACCACUAUCUCAGCUCCCAUCUUUCCGACGUUCCUUUCUUUUUCCACGGCGUCCCUCCUACUACGAUCCCUUGGUAAUAGACAGCAUGUAUAUACCUAUCUCUGCCCUAAAACAAGAAACACGUGCUGUCACAAAUAUUGAUGAUAAUGAUCAAGUUAUAAGCAGAAUUUACUAUGUCAAGGCUGAAGACAUCAGCCGCCUCCAAUCAUUAGCAAAUAGUUGUAAUAACGACAUGAUUAGCACAAAAUUCCACAGGUUUACUAAGCUUGAAACAUUCAGUGCUUUCCUAUGGAAAACUAUAGCCAAUGGGAUGGAAAACAAUAGUACUCCUAAUUACGAGAACUUCAGGUUUGGGAUUGUGGUUAAUGGUAGGAGUAGAUUGAGCGAUGGAGAUGAAGAACAAGCCAAGGUACUAAAAGGGUAUUUUGGGAAUGUUCUUUCCAUCUCAUUUGGUGAGAAGAAAGUGGAGAAACUAAAGGAGAAACCUUUAAGUUGGGUAGCAAGAGCAGUUCAUGAGUUUCUUGAACAUGCAGAAACUAAAGAACAUUUCCUUGGGUUAAUAAAUUGGGUGGAAGAUCAUCGUCCAGAACCAGCUUUAGCAAGAAUCUACGCCACAAAUGAAGAUGCACCGGCGGUGGUGGUGUCGUCGGGGCAACAGUUUCCGGUGGGGAAGAUUGAUUUUGGAUGGGGAGAGCCAGUGUUUGGGUCAUAUCAUUUUCCAUGGGAAGGGAAAGCAGGAUAUGUGAUGCCAAUGCCGAGUCCUAAAGGAAAUGGAGAUUGGGUUGUUUAUAUGCACAUGCUGAAAUGGCAGUUGGAAUUGGUUGAGGCCUCUGCGUCCAAUGUGUUCAAGCCCCUGACUGCAGAUUAUCUCAACUUUAAGUAAAGUGGUUAUGUAAAUAUUGAGCUCGUUAUGUAAUGUGUGUGUGAAAAGGAGAAACAAGCUAUCUUAUAUGUUAACGUGAGUUGCAAAUAUGUAUCUUUUUAAUUGAUUUUAUACAAAGAAAAUUUGGUCA